CUGGCAACUACAAGGCCGCGGGACCGCUGCCGUUGCCAUGGGUUACUGAGCUAACCCGUUCCGCCUGCGCAAAGCCUCCUGGGAGUGGUGGUUCGGCGGCGCCCCACACCUGCCUUCUUUGAGGCCGGAGGAACUACAACUCCCAGGACGACCCGGAAGCAGCCUAGGCAACGGAGCGGUAGUUCCAGCAUUGCGGUGGUCCGGACCCGAACCUGGAAAAUGCUGCUGGCGCCCCAGGAAAGGUCCUCCUCUAGGAAGAGGACGGGGCCGAAUCGCUGGAAACAAUUUACAAAGAAGCCGAGUCCUAAGCCUGCCUUUGAGCCUGACAAUGUGGAACACUGGAUUAAGAAGGUGGAGAAAGCCUCAGAAUUUGCAGUUUCAAAAGCAUUUUCUCCUACAAAUUCCAAUUUGUCCAGAAGGCUUUGGAGCCAAAUCAUAGAUUUGGAAACAUCUGAGCAAAUAGAGGAUCGUGAUGAAGUCUAUGCGGAAGCUCAGGAGCUAGUCAAUGACUGGUUAGACACCAAACUUAAGCAAGAACUAGCAAGUGAUGGUGAAGAUGGUGCUGAAGACACUGUGUCAAAUAUCCUUCCUGUGCCGGAAGCCAGUGAUCAUUUGAAAUAUGACAAGUUUGAUGAGUUGUGUGGCUAUUUGGAGGAAGAAGAGGAAAGUACCACCGUUCAAAAAUUUAUAGACCAUCUGCUCCAUAAAAAAGUGGUGGAUUCUGGAAUGUUGGAAGAUCUUGGAAUGAAUGGAAACCAAGACAAGCAGCAGCAGAAGGAUCCUCGUCUUACCAUGGAGAUGAGACAUAAGCAGGUAAAAGAAAAUCGCAUGAGACGUGAGAAAGAACUGGAGCACCAGAGAAUGGAAAAGACCCUGAAAAAAUCGGUCUUCUUAGAGGCUCAGUAUUUGGUGCAGGUAGAGAAGAGAAAGAAGGCUCUGGAAGCCAAGAAAGAGGAGGAGGAGAUUCAAAGGGAGAUGGUAAAGCUGCGGAGGGAGAUAAUUGAGAGGAGACGAACUGUGGAAGAAGCAUGGAAAAUAGAGAGGAAAAAGCAGGAAGAAAAUUCUCCCAAAAAUACAGAAAAAGGCAUGGUUCAGAGUGAUUAUAUUCUUCUGGGUGAAGAAAAAAUGGCGAAAGAAAGAAAGAAGAAACUGAGAGAGUUAUUAAUCCAAACUUUCAAGGAAAAUCAUCAGUGUCAAAAACGGUAUUUCUCUGCCUGGCACGAGCUGAUUCUUGAUCACAGGAUUAAGCUGGGAAAAGCUGGGACCCUGUCCAACUGGAAGUUCCAACUGAAGGUCCUGCGGGCCUGGAGAGACUACACAAGAUCCCAGAAGUUGGCGCGGGAGACUCAAGCCAUGCAGAAUGACCUUAGGGAAGAAAACAGAAAACAACACCUGGCCACUGAGCAUAACCGGAAACAAGUCCUCCGACACCGCUUUACGGAAUGGCAGCGUUGGCACCGUGCAGAGAUUGUGAAGAGGGAGCUGGCUCUAACAAAGGAGGAAACUAGGAAGAAAAUGAAUGAGCUGCUGGAGGCAGCAUCGCUAGGGAAACUCAGCACAAAUGGGUCAUCAGGCAUCAGUCUACUUGAGGAGGCAGCAGCUACGGUGGAUCCGCCUAUAAGAAAUGGAGAGGUGACUGCCGGGCCGCCUCUGCGGGAAAAGCCUCCCUCAGGGAGCCAUGAUUGCAUGCCCAGCCCCCACCUAGGAAAACCAACAAAGAGCGACUUGCAGGUUCCCCUCCAGCAUGUCCCUCUGAACACAUCCGACAAUAAGCAGCACACGACCAGGGAUGUCGAGCCCUCCCAACAGCCUAGAAGCAGCAAGAAGCUCAGAACCACCAGCCAGAAAACAGAAUCCAUUUGCAUGGGUCAUUUCCACAACCGCCAUGUCUUCCAGCAACAGUUGAUUGAAAAGCAAAAGAAGAAACUUCAGGAACAGCAGAAAACAAUUCUGGAGCUGAAGCAAAGCCAGCGGCUGGCAGAGGCUCGGUGGGCCGCAGAGCGAGCUGCAGCAGUCACAGAUGCCCAGAGCUGCCUGCUAUCAAAUCCCAGAGGAAAAGAACCCAAGAGAACGUGCCACGUGCUUCCAAAUUCGCCUGUUGCUUCCCCUGAGACUGAUGGUAGAGGAAAUGACUCCCCAAAUUCUCUCUCUGGACCCAGAAGGAACCCAAGGCAGCUGAUGGCAUCCCACCCCAUACUGAAAGCCAUGGAAGAGAGAGCAGUUCAGCGAGCUGAACGUAGGCGGAUCUUGGCAGAGAGGAAGAAGAAACAAGAAGAGGAGAAAUUGGCCCAGUUAAAGGCCCAAGAGGAGGAGCGUCAGAAGAGGGAAGCAGAAGAAAAGGAGGCUCAGCUUAAGAAAAAACGAGAAGAGAAGAGACUGCAGAAAAUGAAAGAACUAGAGAAGCAGAAGAGAAUUAAGAGGAACCAGCAGCUGGAAGCAGUAGCCAAAGAACAUUAUGAAAGGGUAUUGCUAAGAAAAAAAGGCCUGGAGCCUUGGAAGAGAUUGAGAAUGCAAAGCAAGCAAAACAUCCAGAGUUCAGAUUUGGUCUUCAAGAUGGAGAAAGAUUUCUAUAACUGGAUAGGUUGGGAACAAAAUGAGUAG